AUGACUUUUGUCGACUUCGAAAAGGCGUUUGACAGUGUGAGUAGAGAUGUUAUCUGGAAGUUAAUGAGCCACUAUGGAAUGCCCAAAAAAAUUAUAUCUAUCACACAGAAACUAUAUGAAGACUCCACCAGUCAGGAAAACUUUAAUGACCAGUUGACAGAGAUGUUUUUAUUAAAGAGAUAUAUGCUCCAUGUUUUGUGGAUCAUCAGUAUAUCAUUUGUUGUGCUUCUAUGUGCCAGUGAGUAUGGGUCAACAAAAGGAAACAUUCAGGUUGUAGAUGACGAACAUGGAGACGAUACAGCAAUAGUUUGCAUUUUUUAUCUGGAUUCUACUCAAUGUGAUGAAGAAGAAGAUCUAUAUACAGCAUCUCCAUCAGAUCAAACUGAUAGCAAUGGAGAUACCAUUUCCCCAUUCAGUAUCACUACAUACGCUACAUUUUCUUCCCAGACUUCAAAGCAAAAGAUCACAACAACACCAAUAACAACACCAACAGAUAACACAGCCCACACAACACCCAGUAGUACAUUGGCAGACACCACCCCUCUAGGAACCCCACAAACAACACCAACAGAUAAAACAGCCCAAACAACACCCAGUAGUACAUUGGCAGACACCACCCCUCUAGGAACCCCACAAACAACACCAACAGAUAAAACAGCCCAAACAACACCCAGUAGUACAUUGACAGACACCACCCCUCUAACAACCCCACUAACAACACCAACAGAUAACACAGCCCACACAACACCUAGUAGUACAUUGGCAGACAACACACCUCUAACAACCCCACUAACAACAUCAAAAGAUAACACAGCCCACACAACACCUAGUAGUACAUUGGCAGACACCACCCCUCUAACAACCCCACUAACAAUACCAACAGCUAACACAGCCCACACAACACCUAGUAGUACAUUGGCAAACACCACCCCUCUAACAACCCCACUAACAACACCAACAGAUAACACAGCCCACACAACACCUAGUAGUACAUUGGCAGACAACACACCUCUAACAACCCCACUAACAACAUCAAAAGAUAACACAGCCCACACAACACCUAGUAGUACAUUGGCAGACACCACCCCUCUAACAACCCCACUAACAAUACCAACAGCUAACACAGCCCACACAACACCUAGUAGUACAUUGGCAAACACCACCCCUCUAACAACCCCACUAACAACACCAACAGAUAACACAGCCCACACAACACCUAGUAGUACAUUGGCAGACAACACACCUCUAACAACCCCACUAACAACAACAACAGAUAACACAGCCCACACAACACCAAGUAGUACAUUGGCAGACACCACCCCUCUAACAACCCAACUUACAACACCAACAGAUAACACAGCCCACACAACACCUAGUUGUACAUUGGCAGACACCACCCCUCUAACAACCCCACUAACAACACCAACAGAUAACACAGCCCACACAACACCUAGUAGUACAUUAGCAGACACCACCACUCUAACAACCCAAUUAACAACACCAACAGAUAACACAGCCCACACAACACCUAGGAGUACAUUGGCAGACACCACCCCUCUAACAACCCCACUAACAACACCAACAGAUAACACAGCCCACACAAUACCUAGUAGUACAUUGGCAGACACCACCCCUCUAACAACCCCACUAACAACACCAACAGAUAACACAGCCCACACAACACCUAGUAGUACAUUGGCAGACACCACCCCUCUAACAACCCAACCAACAACACCAACAUAUAACACAGCCCACACAACACCUAGUAGUACAUUGGCAGACACCACCCCUCAAACAACCCAACUAACAACACCAACAGAUAACACAGCCCACACAACACCUAGUAGUACAUUGGCAGACAACACACCUCUAACAACCCAACUAACAACACCAACAGAUAACACAGCCCACACAACACCUAGUAGUACAUUGGCAGACACCACCCCUCUAACAACCCAACUAACAACACCAACAGAUAACACAGCCCACACAACACCUAGUAGUACAUUGGCAGACACCACCACUCUAAGAACCCAACUAACAACACCAACAGAUAACACAGCCCACACAACACCUAGUAGUACAUUGGCAGACAACACACCUCUAACAACCCAACUAACAACACCAACAGAUAACACAGCCCACACAACACCUAGUAGUACAUUGUCAGACACCACCCCUCUAACAACCCAACUAACAACACCAACAGAUAACACAGCCCACACAACACCCAGUAGUACAUUGGCAGACACCACCACUCUCGGAACCCCACAAACAACACCAACAGAUAACACAGCCCACACAACACCCAGUAGUACAUUGGCAGACACCACCUCUUUAACAACCCCAAUAACAACACCAACAGAUAACACAGCCCACACAACACCUAGUAGUACAUUGGCAGACACCACCCCUCUAGGAACCCCACAAACAACACCAACAGAUAACACAGCCCACACAACACCUAGUAGUACAUUGGCAGACACCACCCCUCUAACAACCCAACUUACAACACCAACAGAUAACACAGCCCACACAACACCCAGUAGUACAUUGGUAGACACCACCCCUCUAACAACCCAACUAACAACACCAACAGAUAACACAGCCCACACAACACCUAGGAGUACAUUGUCAGACACCACCACUCUAACAACCCCACUAACAACCCCACUAACAACACCAACAGAUAACACAGCCCACACAACACCAAGUAGUACAUUGGCAGACACCACCCCUCUAACAACCCAACUAACAACACCAACAGAUAACACAGCCCACACAACACCCAGUAGUACAUUGGCAGACACCACCACUCUAAGAACCCAACUAACAACACCAACAGAUAACACAGCCCACACAACACCCAGUAGUACAUUGGCAGACACCACCACUCUAGGAACCCCACAAACAACACCAACAGAUAACACAGCCCACACAACACCUAGUAGUACAUUGGCAGACACCACCCCUCUAACAACCCCACUAACAACACCAAAAGUUAACACAGCCCACACAACACCAAGUAGUACAUUGGCAGACACCACCCCUCUAACAACCCAACUAACAACACCAACAGAUAACACAGCCCACACAACACCCAGUAGUACAUUGGCAGACACCACCACUCUAGGAACCCCACAAACAACACCAACAGAUAACACAGCCCACACAACACCUAGUAGUACAUUGGCAGACACCACCCCUCUAACAACCCCACUAACAACACCAACAGUUAACACAGCCCACACAACACCAAGUAGUACAUUGGCAGACACCACCCCUCUAACAACCCAACUAACAACACCAACAGAUAACACAGCCCACACAACACCCAGUAGUACAUUGGCAUACACCACCAUUCUCACAACACCAUUUACUACAAAACAAGAGACUUCGACUAAAGGUAUACAAGUAAUGGAGUUCUCUAAGGCGUCUGAGCUGAAUGACAGCACAAAAAGUGCAACAGAAAGAGGAGUAGUAAUACAUUCUGUUGUGCAAUCUAUUAGCACACACAUUAACAAAACUAGAACAAUGGAUGAUAUGAGAUCUGUGCUAACUAUUUUCUCGCUAAUAGACAGAGUGUUGGACAAAUAUGACGUCGAGAUAAAUGAUAAAACUGUUAAGCUAUUGGCCAAGUUGACGAACCACCUAGUUUCUGCCGAUGGAAAUAUGUGGGAUAAGCUCAGCGGUGAUGGCCCUGGAAUGUCGUCAUUAAUGAUUAGUGUGGAAAAAAUUGUGUCUUCAAGUCUAGCGUCGUUAAAUGUAACAAAAGUGGUUCACGAAGAAAGCCAACUUGCUAUUGCACGCUUCAGAAACUUUGGUGCAUUUGAAUAUGUAACCAAUUUAACUUCUGAUUAUGCUGGAAAUAAAAUAUUUAUUCCUUCAGACUAUUCAACUGCUAUGUUUGCUGACAACUAUUGUUUCGCUUAG